AUGGCAAUCAGGCAAUUGUUCCAGAAGAACGCUCCGACUCCUCGACGUGGAGGCUCUGUGAGGUCUUCUUUCGUUGAGACGGGAGAUACCGUCGACAUCGAAACCGAAAAGGGUCCCUUUGACGAUGAGUCCAAGGUGCCGUUUCUUACUGUGAGGACGUUUUUCAUGGCCGUCCUGGUCUCAUUUGGAGGUCUUUGCUUUGGUUAUGACACUGGUCAAAUUUCGGGUUUCCUGGAGAUGAAGGAUUUCCUUCGUAACUUUGCCGACCAGAGAAAUCCCCUAGGCUUCAGCAAUGUUCGGUCUGGCUUGAUCGUGGGCAUGGUGAUGGGAGCACUGAUUUCCGGCCCAGUCGCCAAUAUCCCCGCCGUUGGCCGCAAAUAUUCGAUUGUUUCUUGGACAAUAGUCUUCUGUGUCGGGGUUGCUGUUCAAAUCGGGUCCAGUCCAGGUCAUUGGUAUGAAAUCAUGAUUGGCCGUAUCAUCGCGGGAUUGGCUAUUGGAGGUCUUUCGGUAAUGGUACCGGCGUACCAGGGAGAAAGCAGUCCUCGACAUGUGCGCGGAGCCAUUGUGUGCUGUUACCAGCUUUUCAUCACCAUCGGGAUCCUAAUUGCAAACCUGAUCAACUUUGGAACCAAGAGCAUCGACAACACAGCGUCUUGGCGAAUUCCCAUGGGCAUCGGCUUCUUGUUCGCGAUAGUCUUGGGGGUUGGUAUCCUGUUCUUCCCAGAGACUCCCCGUCAUGACUAUCGCAAUGGCAAGAUUGACCCGGCUGCAGCAAGCAUUGCUAAGUUCCACGGAGUGUCCGAAAGGCAUCGGGUUGUCAAAGACCAACUGGUGGAAAUGCAAGAAAAGCUCCAGAUGGAGAUCGAGGGUGGGGAGCAUCCCAUCUGGGAGAUUUUCACGGGUCCGAGGAUGCUCUACCGUGUCAUCUUAGGAUGCAUCGUCCAGGCCCUUCAGCAACUCACUGGUGCCAACUACUUCUUCUAUUAUGGGACGACGGUCUUUGCAUCCGUUGGCCUCUCGAACUCCUAUGUCAUCCAAAUUAUUCUUGGCGCCGUCAAUGUUGGCACGACUUUCCCUGGUCUUUACUUUGUAGAAAAGUUCGGACGACGGAAAUGUCUCAUGAUCGGAGCCGCAUGGAUGUUUAUGUGCUUCAUGAUCUUUGCGUCGCUGGGACAAUUCGCUCUUCGGAACGGUGACGGUACGAAUAACCAGACGAUCGGUUAA